AUGACGGCCACAACAGCCACCACCACCACCACCACCACUCUCAGCGAGACAGCAGUCACUCUUACAAAGUCACCCUACCCUGAAGGUGUCCCAGUCAAAUUCUCCCCAGACGGUCUUGUCCAACGGUAUCCCGGUAACACCACCAUCUGUCACAUACCGCUCGACUCUCCCCUGAUAUCCGGUCUACGUGCUAUCCAUGACGCUCUCGGCUCCCACGCAACUCUUGCUCGCUUCUUCCGUCUGGUCCCUCCAGAAACAUGGCACAUGACCGUUUUGGAUGGUGUCCGGGAGAUCGAGUGUGAGGGCGACAUGUGGCCGGAAAAUUUGGAAAAAAGACCGCUGGACGAGUACACGGUCGAGUUUUCCAAAACCUUGGGAGAGCUGGGUGACCAGCUCCAAAGCGAGGGCCUGGCACCGCCAUACAAGAUGCGAGUUCGGGGAUUCGAUCCCGCCGUGGUCGGCGUGGGGCUUGAGAUUGAGGGAGCCACCGACGAGGAAGAAAAGCGUAUGAGGAGGCUGAGGGAUCGACUCGCUGACGCCAUGGGGUUCCGUGCCCCUCGACAUGACAUGUACAUCUUUCACGUCACCGUCGCCUAUCUGUUGCGACAUGUAGACGGUGACGAUAGGCUUGCGCUCAACAAGACCUUUGCUGAGCUUCUCCCUAAGGUGAAGAUGGAAUUUGAUCUGGGCGCUGUGGAAUUUUGUGUGUUUCAGGACAUGUGUGCGUAUCCAAGGCUGUUCUACCUCGGGCGAGAAGGAGGGGAAUCUGCUUGA